GGUGCCUGCACCGCGGGCGGCCGCGGCUCUCGGGGUUUGUCACGGAGCUGUCACGGAUUUUCCCCGCGCGGAAAUGGGUUUUUAUUGCUGUGCGGAGCAGGGGUGGUUAUGACGUCAUUUGUUUUGUUGGCGAAGUUGGUGUUCCUUUAACCCGUGUUAUAAAAAACCCUCGUUGUCAGGUGUUUUGUGCCUGGCAAACAAGGGAACCGCGUCCAUUCAGAGGUGUGGACCGGGAUUCCAAAGGGCAUGACAGCACUGAGACUGGAUCUUCAUGGGAUUGAGUUGGGGAUGCAGCCCCUGAAAUGGCUCCCAAGUCUUGUGUCAGCUUCCGCUGUGUCAGGGCUGGACACAAAUGGGUCUUGUCUGGCUCUCUGCCCUGGAGAUGGGGAGGUAGCAAUACUUGGGUUGUCUCACUUUUGCUGAAGGCCUUGCCUUCCUUAAAUCUUUCCAUGUCUGAAUGGACUCCUGAAUGUAAUAUAGUCUAUACUCCAGAAGCGGAUAUGAAGAGUGAAGUUCCUUCUGAUGCACCAAAGAGCCAGGAGAGUCUGAAGGGGAUCCUCUUGAACCCUGAGCCUAUUGGGGCGGCCAAAAGCUUCACUGCAGAAGUCGAGAUGAUUGCCAGUAAAGUAGGGAAUGAGUUCUCCCACUUAUGUGGUGACUCUCAAAAGCAGAAGGACAUGAAUGGCAACCAUACAGACCAAGAAAAAAGUAUUGUGCGAAAAAAACGCAAGAGCCAGCAGGCUGGUCCUUCCUACACUCAGAACUGUCCUGAUAAGGAAAACAAAGGAAUCUUGGGAUUGAGGCAGCAUCUAGGAACACAGAGUGAGGACAAUGACUCUUCUUUUAGUGACUGUAUCUCUUCACCUUCUUCUAGCUUACACUUUGGAGACUCUGACACAGUAACAUCUGAUGAAGAGAAGGAUGCUCCUGUCAGACACCCUCAGGCAGUGCUGAAUCCUGCGAGCAGAACUCACAGUGCCCGGUCACACAAGUGGCCUCGCACUGAGGCAGACUCUGUGCCCGGAUUACUCAUGAAAAGGCCCUGUUUUCACAACAGCUCUUUAAGAAGGCUCCCAUAUAGGAAAAGAGUUGUGAAAACAGGCUCAUCCCAGCGGACACAGAACCAAAAAGAACGGAUUUUAAUGCAGAGGAAAAAGCGGGAGGUGCUGGCUCGCAGGAAGUACGCGCUGCUGCCCAGCUCCAGCAGCUCCAGCGAGAACGAUCUCAGUAGUGAAUCUUCCUCCAGUUCAUCUACUGAAGGGGAGGAAGACUUAUUUGUGUCAACUGGUGAAAACCACCAGAACAGUACAGUUGUUCCUUCAGGAAGCAUUGAUGAAGAUGUUGUGGUGAUUGAAGCAUCCUCCACUCCCCAGGUCACUGCUAAUGAAGAAAUAAAUGUUACCUCAACAGACAGUGAAGUGGAGAUUGUCACAGUUGGUGAAAACUACAGGUCUCGUUCCGCACUUGGACACACAAGAUCCCACUGGGGCCAGAGCUCUGGCUCUCAUGCUCCACGACCUCCGGAGCAGCGGAACCGCAGCAGGAUCUCCACAGUCAUCCAGCCGCUGAGGCAGAAUGCAGCCGAGGUGGUGGACCUCACGGUGGAUGAGGAUGAGCCAACAGUUGUGCCAACCACUUCAGCUCGAGUGGAGCCGCAGGUCGUGAGUUCUGCUUCCAGUAACAGUUCCAGUACCUCUACCUCAGAGCAGGCCUCUGAUGCAGCUCCCACCAUCUCCACCAGCCAGCCCUCUGCAGCUCCAGAGACGACUCCCAGUCUUUCCAGUGGCAGCACUGCUGGUACUUCAGCUGGAGAUGACAUAAGAAGAACUUCAUCUAAUACAACACUGGAAACUGGCCCUCCAGCCAUGCCAAGGUUACCAUCCUGCUGCCCUCAGCAUUCUCCUUGUGGAGGACCUUCACAGACUCAUCAUGCCUUGGGGCACCCACAUACGAGCUGCUUUCAGCAGCAUGGCCACCACUUCCAGCAUCACCACCACCACCACCACAACCCUCACCCGACUGUGCCACUCUCCCCUUCGUUCAGUGACUCCAGCUGCCCUGUGGAAAGGCCUCCCCCAGUGCCUGCCCCAUGUGGAGCAAGCAGCAGUUCUGGCACCACUUACCAUGACCAGCAGGCACUGCCAGUAGACUUAAGCAGCAGUGGUAUAAGAAGUCAUGGAAGUGGUGCUUUUCAUGGAACAUCUGCCUUUGAUCCUUGCUGUCCUGGUUCUUCAUCCCGAACGACGAUCUACGGGCACCAGGCUGGGGCUGGGCCGAGCCAGUCCCUGACAAUAGAUGGAUACGGAUCGAGCAUUGUUGCUCAGCCACAGCCCCAACCUCCUCCUCCAGCAUCACUCUCCUCCUGUCGCCAUUACAUGCACUCUCCUUAUGCUUCCUUGACCAGACCUCUUCACCAUCAAGCUUCUGCAUGUCCUCACUCUCAUGGAAAUCCCCCUCCACAGCCACAACCUCCACCUCAAGUAGAUUAUGUUAUCCCUCAUCCAGUGCAUCCCUUCCAUCCUUCAAUCUCCUCUCAUGCAUCUUCUCAUCCUGUUCCACCUCCACCACCAACUCAUCCUUUAGCCAAUGCAGCUGCUCCAAUCCCACAGCAUCUUCCUGCAACACACCAGCCUAUAUCCCAUCACAUCCCUGCAACAGCACCUCCAGCACAGAGGCUACAUCCUCAUGAAGUGAUCCAGAGGAUGGAGGUCCAGAGAAGAAGGAUGAUGCAACACCCAACACGUGCUCAUGAGCGGCCUCCUCCACAUCCUCACAGAAUGCAUCCCAAUUAUGGGCACGGGCAUCACAUUCAUGUGCCUCAGACUAUGUCUUCCCAUCCUCGCCAAGCUCCAGAGAGAUCUGCCUGGGAACUAGGAAUUGAAGCUGGUGUGACUGCAGCUACUUACCCUCCAGGGCCUUUGCAUCCUCACUUGGCCCACUACCACGCACCUCCUCGACUGCAUCAUUUGCAAAUAGGGGCACUCCCUCUAAUGGUACCAGACAUGGCGGGCUACCCUCACAUCCGUUACAUUUCAUCGGGAUUGGAUGGAACAUCAUUCAGAGGCCCUUUCAGGGGCAAUUUUGAGGAACUGAUUCACUUGGAGGAACGAUUAGGCAACGUGAAUCGUGGAGCAACACAGGGAACUAUAGAAAGAUGCACAUAUCCACAUAAAUACAAAAAGAGGAAACUGCACUGCAAACAAGAUGCGGAGGAAGGAACAGAAGAAGACACAGAGGAAAAGUGUACCAUCUGUUUGUCUAUCUUGGAGGAAGGUGAAGAUGUCAGGCGCCUUCCGUGUAUGCACCUUUUCCACCAAGUCUGUGUAGAUCAGUGGUUGAUUACUAACAAGAAGUGCCCCAUUUGCAGAGUGGACAUUGAGGCUCAGCUGCCCAGUGAAAGUUGACACUGCUUUCCAGAACUCUUGUCCUCCCGCUCGCUCCCUCUCAUCCCUCCUGGUACUGCAGUCAACCAAAGAUGGCAUGACUUACCUGCGCAGAUAUCGAACAUUGAACCUUAGAGUGCUGGCUCUGCUACAUGGUACAACUAAUGCUAGACCUACAGUUUAUUGUAGAAGACAGUUGAGUUUCAGUGUAUUUAUAAUUUUUUUAAAAGUUUUUUAGGUUUUACGUUUUUUUUCUUUAAAUUCAUUACUGUAUUUUUGCAUGGUUCCUUGUAUUGCAUUUGUUUGCACAUAUUAUGGGCUUUGUGACCCCAAACUUGCAGGCAAGAUUAGCUGCUUUAGUAAGUAGAAUUGUGUGGUCUCUUUUUCCUUGGUUUGUUUUAUGUAGUAUCAAGCUUUGAAAGUAUGAUUUCACUUAUUACUAACCUCGAAUUCCUUAAUUUAAUCAAUCAUAUAUUUUAGUUUAAAUGUAUAAAGAUCAUCUAGAAAAGGAUAAUAUUAUGUAUUGAGACAUUCCUUAAUUAGGAAAAAAUGGCUGCUGUAUAUUUACAAUAUCAGUUCUGAGUCAAAUAACAUCCUUAAUACUGGGAACAGAAUAUGGACUAUAUUCAGUUUGACUGAUACAUAUAGCAUACUCAUCACCAGAGUUUUUGUCUGAUCAGAUUUUUGUGUUUGUUUUUAAAAUUUCAGCACAAUGCAGAUAUAUUUGAAUGUCAAUAUUAAACAUUUAGACUGCUGUUCAGAUUGUAUUUAUCAUUUUCUUCUAUGUCUAGAAAUUUGAAUCCCUAACUUAAAUAUAUGCUGCUGUGAAACAGCUCUAGUGAACACUAAAUGUUGAUUUCAGUUAGCUGGAUUGUAGAUACUUGCAGAUUGAAAGACUUAUUAGGGAAAUGGAAAAAGAGCUUAGAAUCUGUUUGGUCUUCUGCUAACUUAAGUUGAAGUAUCUGCGCACACUGAGAGUUGGGUUUUUUGUUUGUUUGUUUGUUUUCUUGUUUGUUUUCUUUUUGUUGCUGUUUGGGUUUUGUUGUUGGUUUGUGGGUUUUUUUUAAUAUAAAACCAUUCAGUAAGGACUUUAAGCUGCAGGGUUUUUGUUUGGGUUUAUAUACAUGCAUUCAUAGAAUUUCUAAGGAUUCCAGGCGUGUCUUGGGAUUUUUAUUAGAUUUAAAGUUAAUAAAGUUAGCUAAAUCCACUUGUCUCUUGUUUUUAUUUUUCAUUAGUAAAUUGAAAGCCUGUAAAUUUCUGUAGAAACUGAGACACAAAUUAUGUGGUUACCUAGUUUUUGCCUUGAUCAUAGAUUCCCUCUUUAUAAAUUACCAACAGUUCAUCACUGAUUGAAGUAUUUUCUAUAGUUAAGAUUUGCUGCAUAAUAUAGUAUAUAGAAUUAAUAAUGUACUAACAUUUUGCCUUUGGAGGAGGUUUUAAUCCACAUCAGGAUUCAAGUUGCUUCAACAUUCUUUCACAUAUAAUAGAUUAUAGUUUAUUUAAAUGUGCUCAACAUUGCAAAAUGCAAAUGUGCAAAAACAUUGGGACAGUAUUACUGUCACUUUGGAAAAGAUGUUCCUCGGGGAUCAUAGAUAAACAUGUCAAUUAGCUUGCAUUAAGCCACCUGCUUUGUAAGUGGAUUGAAUAAUAAAUACCUUCAGUUUCUCUUG